AUGGGAUGUCUUGGCUGCAAGGUUCGCCAGGUCGAAGCUGCGGUGAAAGAGCCGCUCCCUGCUUCCUUACAAAAGGCCCCGCGGGGCAGGUUCGCUGGUGCUCUGCCACGGCCAGAAGAAGGCCGCAGAGACUUCGCGCGAAUCUUCUUCGCAGACCAGCGGAAGAUCUUCUUCCUUGGGCCCAACAUGACGAGCAUGAUGCCUCUACAGCCUACAGGCGGGCCGAGCUCGGCACACAUCGGCGACCUCAACGAGCAGGUGGUCGACAAAGCAGAGAGUCUCUUCAAGGAGAGCCUUUUGAAGCAGUUGGAGCAGGCCAUUGGGCCACCCAAGAAGGAGCUCCUGGAGGUCUUAGUGCAUCGCGCCAUGGCGGCGAUGACUGUCAAUGUUGGCAUUGACUUCGCGACCACCAUGCAGCUCAUGCCGACGCCGGGAACCCGGGUUUCUGCAGCCACUCUUUUUGAUCGUGGUUCGAGGCCCGUGAAGAUGGGAGAAGCACCUGUUGAGAAUGCGCCGGGUUCGCGCAAGGUGCUGGCUGACGAGGUCGCAGCGCCCUUCAGAGAGGAAAUUCGACAGGCAGUGGCGGCCAUGGGCGGCGUCGGCCCAAAGUUGGUGGGCUUUUUGGCCAACACCGAUCCCGCAGCAAAGAAGCAGCUUGGCCCAGCUUGGCGGUAUGCGGAAUGGACGGGAAAAGCCAUGACGGCGGACAACCUUCGCUUUGAGCUUCGACAAGUGCAGGAAUCCAACCUUGAGGAAGAGCUUGAGAAGGCGAACAAAGAGGUUGAUGUCGAUGGCAUUAUGAUCUACUACCCAGUGUUUGGACAGCAGCCCAGCUUCCAUGGUGGCUCACAUGACGACUACCUUCGUGACACCGUGUCCCCGUACAAGGACGCAGAGGGGCUGAACCACUUUUAUCGGCGAGCGCUCUAUCAAAACAAGCGCUGCGUGGACGCAGAGAACACCAAGAAGUGUGUGCUGCCAUGCACUCCACUAGCUGUAGUUAAGACCCUGGAGCACCUGAGAGUCUACGACCCAGCCUUACCAGAGGGGCAGCGUAUGACUGGCAAGACUGCCGUCGUGGUGAACAGGUCUGAAGUGGUUGGAAGGCCGGUGGCGGCAAUGCUUGCGAAUGAUGGAGCAAAAGUCUGGAGCGUUGACAUUGACUCAGUGUACAUCUUCAUGCGAGGAAAGUUGGUCUUGCCUUCCGAGAGCACCUCAGUGGAGACUGCAGUCAAAGAAGCUGACAUUGUGAUCUUGGGAGUGCCAAGUGAAAAGUACAAGAUGGAUCCAUCUUGGAUCAAGGAGGGGGCUGUGGUGAUCAACGUGGCCACAAGCAAAAACAUCGAUGAGAAGGCUUUGUUGACCACCCGACCUGGAGUCAGGUAUGUGGGGCAAGUUGGCAAGGUCACGGUGGCCAUGUUGGAGCGAAAUCUCCUGAGACUACACCAGAACUUCAAUGACAAGGUCAAGGAAGGACGAGGUGGAGAUUUCUACCUGGCGUAG